GAUCGCCUGCCUCCGUCCGUCCCUCACUCCCUCCUUCAUCCUGAUAGUCACGGGGGCUCAGGCGUCGUGCGGGCAGCGGCGAUGGAAAACUACCGCAAGUUUCUGCUCCUGCUGGCCUUGUCCGUGCUCAUCGGCUUCGUCUCGGUCCUCUUUGUCCUCGUGUGGGUAUUCAAGUGGAGGGAAGGGCUCGGAUGGGACGGUGGCGCAGCCGAAUUCAACUGGCACCCCGUUCUCGCAGUGACCGGGUUCAUAUUCAUCCAGGGGAUCGCCAUUGUGGUGUAUCGCUUGCCCUGGACGUGGAGAUGCAGUAAACCCAUGAUGAAGAGCAUCCAUGCCGGACUGAAUGCUCUGGCAUUUACCUUGAUGGUCAUCUCGGCUGUGGCCGUCUUUGACUUCCACAAUGCGAAGAGCAUCCCCAACAUGUACAGCUUACACAGCUGGAUCGGCCUGUCGGUGGUCAUCCUGCACUCCAUUCAGCUGCUUCUUGGGGUCUGCAUUUAUCUUCUCCCCAGCGCCCCUGCCUUCAUCCGGACAGCUGCCAUGCCUCUUCACGUGUACAGCGGCAUUUUCAUUUUUGGAGCCGCCAUUGCCACCGCUUUGAUGGGGAUUACUGAAAAGCUGAUUUUUUCUCUAAAAGAACCUCCGUACAAAAACUCUCCAGCAGAAGCCGUGUUUGUUAACAUGUUGGGCAUCUUCAUCGUGGUAUAUGGCGCCCUCAUCCUGUGGAUGGUCACCCGACCCCAGUGGAAGCGUCCAGGAGAGCAGACGUCUGCCACCAGGGAAUCUGGUGCAAAUGAGGAGGACUCCACCAUGGCCGAGAACGGUGCCUUCGCGAACGCCAAUGUGGAGCACGGUGGGGACACACGGAGAAGGAAUCUUAAAGUGGAUGAGGUGGGGCAAAGGUCCACUAUGUGAGAUUGGGAAGACAGCGACACGUGGGAAGAGUUCUCCAUUAGUGAGUUUGAGGAGAUCUCCAUACUGGACUCAUUUUAUAAAUGGUGGCGAGUACUGCUUGGAGGUUUUAGUCACGUAAUAGAUUUGCUUAUGGCUGAUUCCACAUUUGGAGUCAUCUUGCAUUUAUGUGCUAAUAUAUAGAAUGGAAUACAGUUGGUGCAGCUGGCAUACCGUUACUGAACUAUCAUAUUGGACAGACACACGCACCUAUACUCAUAUUAAUAUUCUCUAUGCAUAGUUGAAAUGAAGAUAUAGGGCAGUAUGUGUGAGUAGGAGUGUGUGUGUGUGCGCGCGUGUACUUCAUCUCGCUCUGGGUACGGCUCCUACGUGCGGCCAUUGUGUCAAAUAGAGUAAGGUCGGAUCAAUCGUUUGUGUUGUCAAAUAAUUUGAGGGGUCUGGCCCACAGUCAGGUCUCCCAUCACUCCUCUACCCACACCAAGCCGGAUGAUCGCACAUGACACGCAUCCAAAUCUGUCCACUCGGGCAGAUCCCCCAGUUUGCUGUUAUUCGUUAUCUUCGAUUGUAUGUGCUACUGUUUUCAAUAUUUCAGGUUUACAGGAUAGGUUUCCUCACAAUCAUGAUAUACAGGAUAUUAAUUUGCCACAUAAAACUGCAGUCUAAAGCAAAGUGUUUUUUAUAGGUUUAGAAAUAUUUUGUUCUUGCAGCUUACAAUAGGGCUGAAGGGUCUUUAGCCUUAAAGCUAAUCGAAUACGUCCACUUUGAGGCAGCAGAGGGUUCGACUGAAGAAAACGUGCCUUCCGUGCUUAUGACACGACCUGGCGAUAACGAAAGGAAACUAGAAAUACCGCUUUUAUCACCGAUGCCUGGAACUCUUUUACUUGAGGCAAGAAUACAUUUCCUUUUCGGUUUUCAGCUCAUAUCCUCCACUGUGGUGGAGUUCAGACGUAAAUGAGAAAGCUGACCAGCACAAAAACAAAGGCAUGUCUGAAGCUGUUUAGAGGAAUAACGUCUUUUGAGAAAAUGGUUUGAAGAUGUGCACUUCCAGGAUGUAGACAUACAUUUAAAACUCAAAGCGUUUACAAUUUCCCACGAGUCCCUAAGGUUAUGGAUUUUAGCGCUUAGGUUAGAUGUGAACACUCCAUGGAUGACUGCUGAAGGCCGACGAAGAAAUGAAGACGUCUUCCUGAUCACCCGUUAUUGAAGUCAGCUGCAAUUCCAAACUUAUUUCAGGCGCGUCACUGCGAAGUGAGCCAAAAUGUAGGGCGGUCAAAUAUUAACAAUGGAAAUGGGAUUAACUAGCAAUCUGAACCCUGUGUCGAUGAGUGGCGGCAAGGUGGAAUAAUGAAUUUCUGGUGCUGCUUCAUGGAUCUAACAUCAUGCGUUUGGAUUGUGUCCCCUGGUUGUUGUGCUUGUCGAGUCUCUUGAACUUAGUGUAGUGUUUUCUCUAAAUCGUAUACAAAGUCACAAAGAUAAUCUGAAAUGACUAUUCUAGGUUAGCGUGAAUGGGAUUGUGCAUGGGUGCGUGAGCGUCCGGUAUACCUGUGAUGGGCUGGAGCCCAUUUCUUGCCCUUCACAAAAGUCUAACGCACCAACCGCCUGUGACUGUGAAUUGCCUUCUAUAACAUUCUGCACCAUGCGGUACACCAACACUGGAGAAACACGUACCCUCCGUACAGUCGCCUGGAUCUCAACACGUGUCAACGCUAAAUAAGAAAUGAACACCACAAACAGAACAAGAGAUCACUAUGCAGACUGAAUCUGAUGAAAGUUGACCAUUUGGUCCUUCUGGUUUUGAUUGCUUCUCCAGAACUCCAUGAUUGAUGAUAGUUGAAAAUUCAUCCUAAUCGACUACUAUAACAAAGUGGGCUCAUCCUCCAGCACAACUACGUUUUCCAAAGGUGGAAGCAGCACAUCCUACUCCUUACAGCAGUGGCACUAUUCCUCAGUAGCCAUCACUUCUCAUUUUCCACAAAUUCACCACCCAUCGGUGAUUAUUUGUUACCUCACCGUACCUUCCGCUUGUAAGUUUAGCUCAUUUGGCUUCUCCAGUUCUGCUUUCUGUUUUGUUCUUCCUUCUUCAAUCUGCUGGAGAACCUCCUCGGUAUAUUCUGACUCGUUCAAAUACGGUUCAGCGAUUAUGCAAAAUGUGUCCUCUUCUUCAUAGUCGGACAUAUUGCAGAUUUAACACAAUAGCUUAUUUGUCGAAAUCCUGAAAGAAAACUUACCUGUGAGGAGUUGAUUCUCAGAAUGAAAAUGGCAUUCAUCAAACGAGCUAGAGCACAUGUUCUCAAGCCAUUGGUCGUGACUCAAAAUGUCGUCUAAAUUUGUGUUGUGCAUUGUCAAGAUUCACAGUAGUACUUAAUGUGAAAGGGUCGCAUACGGUUUGUGGAGGGUGUUGUGAUGGGUCAUUGUGAACACCAUUGCUCUGCUUUGGCAUUCAUCGACAAUUCUCCAAGGGGUUAUGGAAUGAGUUAUGGACAUUCUUUGGGCCAAAGUCACAAUUGGCUAGUGAGGGGAAAAAAAAAAGUUUCAGAACCACCGAACAAGAGGAAACCAUAACCCAGGGGGAUGAAAUGUUACCGUCGAGGGAGAGACGCUUGGUUCUCUUUUAAAAUGGCUGAAUGUCACAGUGUUUGUUUGUUUUUUGUAUUCUGUUCUAAAGUGACGUGGAUACGCUGAUUUACAAUAUUUGUGCAAUUUCAAGACGCGGAAUGAUAUCCAAUAAUAUUCUUGCCAUAAAAAAUGGUUGUGUGUGGUAAAUUUAGGCCUUUUUUCUUGUAUGAACCCGUGUACCCUUCAGCCCCGUUAUAAGCUGCAUGAAGAGACAAGAGAUUUUUAAAGUUUCUAACAAAAACGCUUCACUUUAGAGCACAAUUGUAUAUGGCAAAUUAGCAUAUCCCGUGAUUGUGAGGAAAUAACUUUGACUUAAACAGUAAGACACUUAUCCUCUAAUAAUUUUGCCCUACAAUUCUUAUUAUACAAUGACUUCUCUAUUACUUUUUAAUCUUAAAUUGUUUGUUUUUUUAACGUUUUUGUAGCCAUUUUCACAAUGAGCACCGUAAUAGGGAAUGAUGAAUGCAGAAUAAUAUAAGAUGCGUUUCAUUUAUUAAAGUGGUAAUGAAGCGUGGAAAGUUGAAAGAAUGAAAUACGUAACCUUUAUUUUUUUGAUAUAUUGUAUAUAUUUGUAGAAAAUUAGAUAUUUUGCAAGACGACUGUAAAAAUAUUUGUAGUUUUCAUGGAGAUAAGCUACUCCAGACACGCGUCAGCCGACGCUCCUACCUUCUCGUAGUGCCUGUAAAUAUUAGAGGAUACGGCGGACGUGGAUCGUUUGCUUUUAUUUUCGACUGACUUUUGUAUACUUCUGUUUUUUUUUAUUAACUUUAUAUCUUUCAAGGAUUUGUUAGAGACCUGGACGGCGUUAAAUCAGAAUAUGAUGCAGAUCAGGCUUCUUACAUAUUCAUAGUUUUAUUGAACUCUGCUGCCACACUGUUCAAAUUUUGUAAUAAUAAUAGUGACAGAAGCAGAAAUUAGGUUGAGAUGGUUUUAGACAAUAAACAGCUUUGUAUUUAGUUAAUCUCUUAGUCCUUGAGGUUUUUUGUAGAAGGUUUAAAAAGGACAAUCCAGACUGUGAACUAAGUUUAGAACUGGAGGGAAAAUGGCAGAGUCGAGCUUCCCCUGUAGUUCAUCUGUGAGGAGAGUUUCACCAGCAGCUGAAUGUCUCUGAUCACCCGAGUUUAAAACAAGUGCGCCAACACCAGAGUGGCACCUCCUCUGUGAGGACCAUAAGAAAAACGGGCACAGGGAGCUGGAGUUACUGAAAAAUCGAUGGAUCUCUCCCACUUCGAAUUCUAAACACCAAUAAUGGGGAUAGGGAAUUGGACUUAUCAGAAAACUGCUUGAUAGUGUGCACAACAAAUACAAAGUGCUACAAAACAGAAAUCAGGAGUUUGAUUGAUGGUGUCUCCUUCAGAUUCUAAGUUCUAGAGUCAAGGGUGAGGAGUUUGAAAAUCGGAUGGUGUCCACUUCAAAUUCUAAAUAUCCCAAACUGGGACAAGGAGUUUGAAUUAUCGAAAUAUCAAUUGAUGGCAUUCACUUCAAAUUAUAAAUACUAAAAAUGGGAAUGAGAAGUCGGAAUUCUUGAAAUAUCAUUUGACGGUGUCCACUUCAGAUCUUAAAUGAUAACAACAAGAAUGAGAAAUUCAAAUUCUCGAAAUAACGAUCGACGGUGUCCACUUCAGACCUUAAAUGGUAAUAACAAGAAUGAGAAAUUCAAAUUCUCGAAAUAACGAUCGACGGUGUCCACUUCAGAUCUUAAAUGGUAAUAACAAUGAGAAAUUCUCGAAAUAACGAUCGACGGUGUCCACUUCAGAUCUUAAAUGAUAAUAACAAUGAGAAAUUCUCAAAAUAACGAUUGAUGGUGUCCACUUCAGAUCUUAAAUGAUAAUAACAAUGAGAAAUUCUCGAAAUAACGAUCGACGGGGUCCACUUCAGAUCUUAAAUGGUAAUAACAAGAAUGAGAAAUUCAAAUUCUCGAAAUAACGAUCGACGGAGAAUUUGAAUUAUCAAAGUUUGGAUUAAUUGUGUUCAUUUCAAAUUCCAGACACUAAAAACAGGGAUGGGCAGUUUGCGUUAUCAAAAUAUCAAUUGAUAGUAUCCACUUCAUAUCUUAAAUGUUAAAAAUAAGGAUGACAAAUUCAGAUUCUUGAGCUAUUGAUUGAUAGUGUCGACUUCAGUUUUUAAAUGUUAAAAACAGGGAUGAGAAUUAUCGAAAGAUUGUGUUCAUUUCAAGUUCUAAACACUAAAAACAAGGAUGCGAGGUUUGUUUUAAUAAAACAUCAAUUGAUAGUAUUCACGUCACACCUUAAGUGUUAAAAAUAAGGAUGAGAAAUUCAGAUUCUCGAGGUACUGAUUGACGGUGUCCACUUCAGAUUUGAAAUAUUGAAAACGAAGAUGAAUAAUCUGAAUUAUCGAAAUUUUCCAUUUCAAAUUCUAAAUACUCAGAAUUGCUAUGAGGAGUUAGAUUUUUUUGAAAUAUUGAUUUUUUUUUCCGUUUUUUUUUUUUAUUCUAAACACUAAGGAUGGAGAUGAGAAGUUUGCAUUAUUAAAAUUUCAAUUAAUGAUAUCAAAUUCUGAUUAGAUAUGUUAAAAACAGAAAUCUGAGUUAUCGAAAUUUCGAUUGACAGCUUCCACGUCAAAUUCUAAAUACUCAGAAUUGGUAUGAGGAGUUUGAUUUUUUGAAAUAGAUUGUUUGUUUUCUUUUUUGGUUUUCAAAUUCUAAACACUAAGGACAGGGAUGAGAAGUUUCCAUUAUUAAAAUUUCAAUUAAUAUUAAAUUUCGAUUAAAUGCAUUAAAAACAGGGAUGAGAAAUUUUAAUUAUCAAAAUAUCGAUUGAUAGUGUCCACUUCUAAUUCAAUAUACUCAAAGCAAAGAUGAAGAGUUUGAUCUAUCGAGAUAUUCCCUGAAGGCAUUCGCUUCAAAUUCUCAAGGCUAAGUCAGCAUCUUUUGCAAAGCGUUGCCUUUCAGUUAAUCGAUGUCGACGUCGCCCAGCACUCCCUUGUCUGAACAAACUCCCUAAGAUGCUGCGUCUUUUAAAACCAAGUGGCGAAUUCUUUUCACCGCCGCCUUUCUCGAGCAGGGGGCACAUUCCCAGUUCCAAGUCUUUAACUAACAUUUGAUUUACUGUUUACUGUCAGUAAAGUAGAAACGAGUCUCCGGCUACAUGAACAAGGCACCAUUAGCUCCUUAAUUAGUGUUGGUUAUGCCUUCAAAAAACGGGGUCCCAACACAAACAAGACACAAAGUAAGAGCUCUGGCACAGCAGGGAUGCCCCAAAAACAUGAGAAUAUGUUGGGGUUUUUUUUUAAAAAAAAAAAAAAGGUUUCAGAGGUUAAAACAUCAUAUGGUUUGUUUGAUUUUUUAAUUUGAGGUUUCGAGAUGUAAAGCUCUUUUUAGUCCUAAACCCUCACACAGCCACUGCAAUUAAAAUACCAGUCACUGACACGCUUUGUCGAGCCGCUUAUGAUGAAAUUACACAGAAUUUAAGAAUUAUAAAGAUAUUUAAAGCAUUCACAUACUCGACCAAAGUGAUGUCACUCCACGUGUCUAGCUGUUCCGUGGUGGGCUUCUUUUGUUCUGCUCUUAUAUAACACAGACCACCAAGGUGCACCUCUGAGCUCCUCUGACCGCAGCCUCUGUGGUUGUCCUAAUCCUGCUGUAGUGUUUUGUAAUACAUGAAUAAAACUUAUUUUACCGUGUGUGUCACACUUUUUUAUUUAUGUAUUUUUUUACACUCAUUCACAUCAUUUUAAAACAUAAUUGUGGGUUGGUUUGACAUUCAAUUGAAAGAACAACAAAAAAAAAAGGCAGAGGGACCCCUGUGUGAAAACGAAAAUCGUUAUGGAAGUCCAAAGAUGAGGACGACCUCUGCUCCAGACAGACAGGAGGAAGUCAAUGAAGGACAAGACGAGGUGGUACACUGCUGUAUGGGGUGGGAUUUACAGCACACUUAAGAAAACCAAAUCCGUUGUAGAAUUGGUCUGAGUCUUCACCUCCGGAAAGGGUCUUCUGGGUACGGAGUCGCCGGCUUUGCAGGUGUUGCAUCUGAAGAAAAAAAAGACCCAAAAUUAAAAGUUAUGACUAAGGGCCUGUUUAGAGGGGUUAUUUAGCACUAAGCCAAAGAGCGUCUGCGCCGCUUCAAAACUCAUUUGCCGUUCUGUUCUAUGACGCCAUUCACACCUAAACGUUUUAGCAGCGAGCGGUUUAGAAAAACUCCUACAGGCAGCGGUGUUUGAGCAUUUUCGGCCAAACGCUUGCUCUGUUGAAAUCGAUGGUAACACUCAAAAAGAGCUCGUCAAAGAAAACAUAAGGAUAUUUUAGAUGCGUUUAAACAAGACGUCAAUACCACUUCCUGUAUGAAGUAAUUUAUUGAAACUAAAACACAAAAAAAAAAAAA